AUGGCCGGCUGCGACAGCUGCCGAAAAAACGUGUCCAGCCAUUCCUGGCCCCGCCGCAUCUUUCGAUUGUUCUCUUUUAUCUUGGUGCUGCUGCUCGUUUACCUCCUGCUGGUUGCCUUCAACUUCGAGUGGGUCCGGCGGGUUCCUGUGCAGUACACCUACGGCGACAGGCUGGAAAUCACCGUGGCGUCCUGCGACGUUCUGAUACGCGCAGGCAGCGCGCGGAAAGUGCAGGUUGAGGGCCUCCUCCAUGAAGUCAGCGUGGCGCAGACCAUGGCGACGGCGGAUGUGGUGCGCAUCGUGAACGCGCAGAACCUGAAAGGCUGUGACGAGCAGCCGAAGCGCGACUGCACCCGGCUCUGUCGUGUGAUUGCGGACGUGCCUGCCGAUUCGCCGCCGGAUACUUUGUGGAUUCAGCAGCUGAAGGAUGACAAGGCAGACCAUGUCGUGGUGGACAUCCAGGAUGUUAUGCUUAACAACCUGAUGGUCCGGGGCAGCGGGGGCAACUGGUGGGACAAAGCCGGCCCGAGCAUCGAGGUCUUCAUGCACGGAAGCACCACCCAGGGCUACAUGUACAUUACCUUGGCGAAGGGCCAGGCCAGCUUGCAGAACAACACACACAAGGGAACGGCAGAUGUCAGGUCGGACGGCAGCGUGACCAUGAGAGAGGUGGCACACACGGGCCCAGUAAAUCUGAACUGGCGCCAGCCGAACAAUCAGAUUUGCGUGGUCGCAGCGCCGGACGAGCUCGUGCUUCCCGACGAGAACGGCCCGCUGGCCUUGUGCAGCUCCACCUACUUCAAGAGCCAGUUUCAGGUCUUCUACGAUUCCAGCAAAGACUUCUUCUUGGACCGCGCGGAGUUUGGUGCGCAGCUGGCAAAGAUGCCCUACUGCUGCGGGAGCAAUUGCCCUCACUCCACCUGGUGCGAUGGAACUCUGUACCCCAUUUUCGACUUCGGCUCCAUCGAAACGGGCGCGAGUCUCAACAGCCGUGCUGAGAUUCUCUCAGCAGCCACGGUCUUUGAGAACGUGAAACAGCUGGGUUACGCCGGCAUGGUGCCUUUCUGCUUCCGGGAGGCGCAGUUAAUGAUGCCACGGAACAACACGCGCACUGUGGAGGGCUGGCCAGACUUCGUGCCGAAAGCCGAUGACGCCACGGCUCCCGUGGUCGUCACCUUCGCCAGCUGUGUCCGGCAUACAGAUUGCAAGACGGGCUACUGCGACUCGACGACCUCAACAUGUGCACCAGAUCCUUCGGUGGUCUUCAGCAUCGUUACGGGAUCCUGGGGCAGUUGUGACAAGCCUUGUGGUGGGGGACAGCAGAUCCGAGACAGGGUUUGCUUGGGCUCGGACGGCCUCAAGUAUCCCUCGUACCUUUGCCCAGGUCUGACCUCCUCCACGGAUGUCCAGGCGUGCAACACCCACGUCUGCAGUUUGCCUUUGGUCCCGACAGACUACAGCUUUGGCUUGGACAAGGACUUGCGUUCGAACUGGAUCGACAUCACUGUCACGGGGACGUUGCCCACAAAUGCCACGGCGUUCGAAAUCCGUCUGGGAAGUUCGUCUGGUGCGAUGUUGGACACCUACGUGGUGGAAGUGCUUCAGUCCGAGUGCGUGGAUGCCGGCUACUGCACGAUUCAAGCAAGCUCGCAGUUGCCGGCCUAUGUCGACCGUUUGAUGCUCAUGGGCAAGAACAGCGAUGGUCUUGGCCCUGCAGUGGAGGAGGUGUUCACGGAUCGGGUCGGAGAGACGGGCAGCCAGCAGCUGUUCACGGUGCAAAGCGAAGCUGGCAUGGUACAUUUUCACCUCGCCGGUGCUUCCAGCACCAGCGGGAGUUGGGCACCCGCAGAUCGUCUUCCCGGUAUCCGUAUGCACCUGCCAGAUGCUAGGCGGCUGAUGAGGACGGCUGGAACCAGAUUUGGAGACCCACAGUCCAGCGACCACGGUGUUGUGGUCAUCGACACUGUGGCCGUACCUGGAAUUCCAGCCACUCGCUGGAUCUAUGCGACGAGACCCGUCUUCUUGUCCAUGGACCCGGGCAACAUCGCUCCUUUUUCAUGCCCUGCCCGAUUCGACCCGAUCGACACCGAUGCAUCCGACCCGAUUUCCAGCGAUUCGAUGCGAUUUGCCGAUCGGGGGACGGAACCUAGCCACCAGGGGUCUCUGCACAAAGGCUUAACCGUCAGCCCAACCUGA